CCGCCUUCGCUGACUUGGCACCAGCGGAGCGCAGACAGAACUAACAAGUUGCGCAUCGCUGCCUCGACAGGAACAUCGAGGAAAGCGGUUGCAAUUCACUUUCAAUGGCAUUUGCUGCAGGGCUGAUAAGACGUCGCCUUUUUUAAUUGACUAUCAUAAAAGAAGUAGAAGAGGCUGUUGACUUAUGGCGAGUGUGAGAGAAGACCAAACCUGAGAUUUCCUUCUACUAUGUCAGCCAAUGGGAGUUCAGAGACAGGUUGCAGGUCAGAGGUCAGACCAAGCAACAACACCUGCAGCCAGAAGGACCUUUCGAUCACCGCCUCCGUCAUCUCCAUGACAGUGGGCAUCUUCUCCAACAGCAUCGCCCUUUUCAUCCUCGUCAAAUCCUACAACAGCAUCCGGAUCAAGUCCAAGGCGUCCUUCCUGCUGUUUGCCAGCAGCCUGGUGGUCACAGACCUGCUGGGUCACCUCAUCAAUGGCUCCCUGGUGCUUUUUGUCUACAGCUCCCACAAGAAAUGGGAGAAGUUUGACCCUCACCGCAUCAUGUGCAACGUCUUCGGGGCGUGCAUGGUGUUCUUUGGCCUGAGCCCCUUGCUCCUGGGGAGUGUCAUGGCGGUGGAGCGCUGCAUUGGAAUCACCCGGCCUAUCUUCCACUCCACAGCAUUGGCUUCCCACCACAUGAAAAGGCUGCUGGGACUCACAUGGCUGCUGGCCGCUAUGGUGGCUGUGCUGCCGGUGCUGCUGUGGAGGCCCUACAGGGUGCAGAGCUCCAGAAGUUGGUGCUUCUUCCAUAUGGAGGGCCCCAGAGACUGGCUGGAUGUGCUCCUGCCUCUCCUUUUCUCUAUGCUCGGGCUGCUGGCCCUACUGCUCUCCAUUGUGUGCAAUACUCUGACAAGCUGUGUUCUCCUACAGGCCAGACUGCGCCGCAAGCAUCACUGCAGAAGCACGUCUUACCACAUAGAGAUGAUCUGCCAGCUGCUGGCUAUCAUGUUAGUGUCCUGUGUGUGCUGGGGCCCAUUACUGAUCCGUGUCAUCGUGCUGAGCACCAGAACCAAAGGCGAGCCUGCGUCCUUCAGUCUCCUGAUGGUGGUACGCAUGGCCACGUGGAACCAGAUCCUGGACCCCUGGGUCUACAUCCUACUGAGAAAGGCUGUUCUGAGGAAAAUCUUCAUGUUGUUCCACAGCUUCUGCGGCCCAACGUCUCACAGCUGGCAGAGCAGUACGCUCCGCAGCUCUGUCGAGACCAGUAGCUCAGGUGCUGGCAUGUCUGACUGCCACUGCCUCGGUAGAUUACCUCUGCCAGACACUGCAAUCAAAUACAUCACCUGAACCCUGGUCACUGUGUUUUGAUCUGAGACCAUCUGUAAUUAAAACAGGAAGAAGUUGUGAAGCUUUGGAGAACUUUGUUAAUGUACCCAUCACAAUUAUUUGGAAUCUUACAUAAACUAACAUUAUAAAGUUGGUUUCAUGCUCUCUUUGGAGUCGUAAAAUGAUCAUCAUGAAUUGGCAGUAUUGUGGUCUAUUGUAUUGUGCAGGAUUAACUUUUUGUUCUCAACAUUCAGCUUUUUUAUGAAACUUAUAACCACACUUACUGUAUGUUGGUUCUGUCAUUCCUUUUACUGCACCCUGUCUUUUGGAAAAAUUUCUGUCUGUGUUCUUCAUGCUGCUGAAAUUUCCAUAUGGCACCUCCGUCCUGCACACUUAACCUCAUGUAAGGAUCUUUACUGAAUGUGUCUGAAUUUGUCUGAAUUUCAUUUAUUUUGUUAUUGCUGGUACUGGCAGUAGCCCUGACACGUGAAUGGUCAGGUGAUGUGAAUUCAUGGUUAUGAUCUCAUCAAUCAACUAAUACAGGCUAACUGUGAGGUCUCAUCAUUGCUCUGGAUUACAAUGUGAACAGAUUAACAGGUCAAUGUAGUUUAUGUAGGUUGAGCAGAACUCAAAUUUCUACAGCAGAAUGUGCAAAAUGAUGUAAGAUAACUGAGCUCAUCAACAGUUUUGAUCCAGUCUACAGAAAGAUUGAAGCAUAAUAUACAAAGCAAUGUUUAAAUAAUUGUAGCAUGCAGAUAACAGAACCACCACAUCUGCUUAUAAGCAUCUUGCUCAGUACAUACUGCUGUCUUUCCAUAGAAGAGCAUGCUCCAUUGUUUCCAGACAUUUUUAUACAACCAUGACAGAAUGAAAUAAGACACAACAGGGCCUGUCAGUCAGUCAGUGUGCUUGUGGUUAAUGACUGUAAAUGUAUUGUUCUGCAGAAGUGUGUUUAUAGCAUAUCUGUCCCUCAUGAAACCUUUUUAAUUUCUAUCUUCUGUGUAAUAAAGGUGAUAAUGGAAAAACAAAUCCAAA